UGUAAAUUCUAUUCUCAGCAAUAAGCCUGUUGUGCUGUAUCACUUUAUGGCGUCAUAAAACUAACUAACUAACUUUAAGCAGCAAGACAUUUGAUUUACGUAAUGUUUUGGGGGGGUUUUGCCACAGUUUAUUUUCCAGAACUCUGUUUUUAUUGUGACAGAGUUUUGAUCAGUGUAAAAUGUAGAAUGGUCAGGGGGGGAAUGCUUUGUUAUGAUCUAAUCCCAGAUUUGGUGUAGUCUGUAAGCUUGCACAUUUGAGGCAAAGAGCAUUUCACACUUUAUCUCCAAACAGGAUUACACAGUGUCAUGCUUUAAUCCAGCAGCAUGGCUCUCUUUAUUUCCUCAGCCAAUUCAGAAACUCCAGAGUCAUCCAUCUGGCCCUCUUAAUGCAAAGCUUUUAACCUUUGUGAGGUCCUGUAUUAAAUGAAAUGCACAGCUGUUCACUUCAUACACAUACAUGGCCUGAGCAUCUACCAUCAUCACCAUUACAUUUGGCUUUUUAAAGAUUCACAUCAGGAGAAUAGUGACAUAACCAGUUUUCAAUUAACAAAUCAUCCUUUUUGCUCCCUUGGUGUUUGUGCUAAGAAUACACAGCACAGUGUUUAAUGAAUGUGAACAGUGAGGGCUCCCAGGUGACCUGCUGCUGGCUGCUGUGGAGUGGUAAUGAAAAGGGCGGAUACUCUGGUGGAACUUGUCAGAGCUUCAGGUUCACCCAUUCAGUGGAGAAUCAUGAGUGGAGAAGCUUGUUAUGUGUUUUCAAGGAUAAAAAAAAAGAUUCAAACAUGUUGACUCUUUGAACCUGGAGAUGAGAGGCGAGCCCACGUCUGCAUGGGACUCUGGGAACAACACCAUCUUGGAGGAGUACACAGACAUCGCCUUUGUCGCUGCAAACUGCCUGAUCCUGUUGAUCACAUCUGUUGUCGGGGUCGCAGCAAAUAUUUUUGUCAUUCUUGCAGUUUAUCACAAAAAAUCCCUGCAAACGUGGAACAACGCGCUGGUGGUUAAUCUGGCAGUGAUAGACAUUCUGAGAUGCGCAAUAGACUGCCCGCUUCUUCUAACCAUUGUCAUCACGGUGCAUCAGAGAGGCCGCGUGAACGAGCUGAUCUGUGAUGCUCAGGUGGCCUCUUUCGCCUUCAGCUGCUGCAUCCAGCUGCUGACGCUGGCCUGUAUCAGCGCAGAGAGAUACCAGGCCAUUGCACAGCCCUUCAAAAUGAGCCAAAGAAGAAAGAGAAUUAUGGUUCUAAUACCUCUCACAUGGACUUUGGCUAUUCUGGUGGCUGGUUACUGUCUAACAUUGGUGAAGGACUCAGCUGUGCAUCUGAGAUGCAAAGGAUUACCCAGAGGAACCUCCUCCUCCUAUGACACCUUUGGACUUUACAUGUUGUUCCCACUUUGGGCAACUUGCUUUGCCGUUAUCAUUGGAUUCUAUGCACACAUUUUUUUCCUUCUCAGAUCACAUAACCGCAAAAUUUUUGAUAGUGGGACUUUUCGUGAUGACCAAAAAAAACAAACAGAGAAGAAGCGGAUUGAAGGAGAGACCACAACUGUUGGAAUUGUUGUGCAUGGAAAUCCUGUGCUAAGCCAGAACCUUGGCAAAAGUGUCGCUGAGAUUGAACUUGUGUCACAAGCUGAACCAAACCCAUCAAGUAAAGAGUCAAGUGCUGCUUUGCUGGCCUCAACAAGAGCUUCUCAGAGCAUCCCUGUCAGCCGAGAGAAUAAGGAAGAAUUAAAAAACACUCUUGAGAUAACUGACUUGGAUACAGAACAACCUCGACCCUCUGACAUGCAGGUAACAGCGCAGACUGAGGAGAAACCUUUUAACAUAGAGCGGCCAAACCCAAUGGACACAAAAGCUGAAGCAAAACCUUCAAGAAGUGAUGCUGUUACCGAUGUUAAGAGCUCAAUGACAAAACCUCAGAAAGUCUCAAACUAUUUGGAAACAGAAAAGCAGUCCAAAGAGCAAAUGAAAAUUGACAAAGCGGCCCCUGAAAUGAAAGAAACCUUGACAAACCUUUCUUCUCCUGCACAGGUAGAAAAUCCUAAAUCCUCUUCCAUUGUACCGAUUGAACAAAAACAACACAAAAAAAGCAACGGAGGAGAAACUCAGUCUGUGGUUACAGUAGAUCAAGUGUCCUCAUUGCCUCCAGUCUCCAUUAACGUCCCUGAAACAGACGCUGCGAAACAAAACCUGGAGAUGGAAGGUGCUGUUUGCAUGAUGCCGUCAAAAGCGAGAAAAGAGACAGUAAACAAAAAGAAGGAGAGUAAAAUGGCGAAGCGUGCCGGUUACAUAAUCAUAAGCUUCCUUUUAUUCUGGCUGCCAUUGAUCACAACCAUCCUGGUGAAUCUCAUUCACAAGCACAAGGACACACCGGUAAGUAUUUGAGAAGGGAAGAAUUCAACUUUUAUUCUUUGCAUUUUUCGGUUGAAAAAUGAUGGAAAAUCAAGUUUAGUUUGAAAUAGGUGAAUAACUGUGCUCUUAUGCUGCAUCAACAGGGCUUAAGACGAGCUUGCAGCUUACAAAAACAUUUUAAAGUCUCAGAAAUAUCAUGAUUUUAGGAUUUUUAUAAAAUGUUACCACCUUGAAGUUAGUUUGAGAGUCAAAUGCUAAUUACCUGUAUUUUUGCAAUACAUAAAUAGGUAUAACAAAUAUACAUAAAAAAUGUAUUUCUAUUAACAUCACAAAAAUGUUUAUGGUUUUUGAUAGUGAGUGUGUUGGUGCACAGCCAUUUUAUUUGUCUUUCUGAUUUUAUACGUACUUUAUGGUAGUUUGUAUUGUUUAUUUAUUUAUCCUCUGUAAAGCAGAUUUGCAUUAGUAUGAAAUGUGCUGUACACAUAAAAUUCAACUGAACGACCUGCAUAUCAGGUGACCACGCGAGAGGCCCCAAACCCCAUGUUGAGAACCUUAAUUCCAUAUAUUUGAACCCCAAUACAAAGUCUACCUUCUGUUUAAACAACAAAAACGUGAAUUUUCCCUUUAUUUUUCCAGAUUAUAAUCAUCCAGCAUGUGGAGAUUCUGUCCGUGUCUGUUUCCUGCAUCACAUCGCUGAGUGACCCGAUAAUCUACGCUGCAGUAAACCCUCAGUUCCGCACAGAGUUCUACAGGAUUAAAAACAGGGUUAAAUCCAUAUUCAAUAAGAAAUGAUCAUAUCUUCACUGCUGUCUACCUCUGAGCUGCACCAGACCAAAUGACCAGAUUCAAUAUUCACUGCAUUCAAUAUUCAUUAGAUGGUUCACAUUUGUCCAGUCUUGUUCAAAUAUUAACUCAAUUGAACCCCAGACGUCGACAUGUGAAUUUUUAUUUGGAUAAAGGAGGCCCAUUAUUUUAUAUGCCACUGUGAUAUCUUCGAUUUAAUGCUGGCUGACUUCUCAGCAGUUUCUAAAUACUGCAGAGCAGAGGCGCUGCAUGCUGAGAGAAGCAGCCGGAGACAAGGCAAAGAGCUCAGCAGGAGGAUGGUCUUCAUCAACAAUCAUGUGUGUGUCUCCAGAGACCCUGCACUCAGGCCCCACCGCUGGGCUGGUCAGGUCCUCACAUGUCCUCCUGUAGCACCUCAUUAUUAUCCCAUCCUCCUAUCAGUGAUCUGAAAAAAAACAACAUAAUGAAAUCCCCCUAACUGUGUUCUAGUAAAAAAAGAAAAGACAUGGCUCGUUUUAAGGAUGUUUGAGUAGAGCUACAGUAUUUAUUCUAUCCACUGCACCAAAUGCACAAUGUGUGUGAUUAUUUCUCCCUCUUCCUCACCCCUUAUAUAUGUUCUCCAUGACAAUGUUUGUAUUUCAUUAAAAGCAAAGUGUUUACAUCAUAACAUACCAGCCUCCGGUGUCCUACCAUAAAUCUUUUUUUUUUUUUUUUUUUUU